UUUCGCGCUCGCCGCCAGAUGUCUUCGCGGUUCCUCCACGCGCGCGAGUCGCGCGUUUUGUUAUGGCUGACUAUGGCACUAUGAAGAAUAAUCGCCGUCCCCCGCGGCUCGUCGCAACGCUCGAUCGACAAUCGCCUGGCGGAGUGCGUGGAUCAUGGAUCCAGAACGGGGCGACGCGAACGUGUACGAGCUCGUCACGCAGCUGGUCGGGCACGCGUUGCGGAGGGACCGCGCCGAGAAUGCGUGCUGCUACGUGCCGCCCGCGAGCGACGUCAGGACCGUCAGGGGCUUUCGCUCGAGGGCCUACGAGAUAUUGUUGAACAAGAGUGGCACGGCGCACGGUCAAGGUCGCGCGGCGGAGAUCGAUCCCCUGGUGGAGAUACUCAAGCACGCCUUCGUGCUCAGGCUGUCCCUGAGACGCGCGUCAGAGGCGAGGGAGUUGGAAGGUUUGAUAAGCCAGUUGUACGACCAGGGGGGUAACACGGACGCCGUGGUCUCCACCCUGCGGCUGCUGGUAGAGCUCAAGAGCUUUCAGACCGACACGGAGGCCGCAUUGGACGUGUUUCACUAUGGCAGAGCCAAUCCCUUCUUGCCCGAGGACGCUGCGUCCACGAACGGCGUGCCGACGUUUCAAACAUAUCCCGUGGAGUCCUUUGUCUUGUCGGACAAGUUUGAGGCGAUGCUGGGCGUACGCAGAACCUGCACCAGGCAAGACACGGCGACCAGCUUCGUUAGCAGAGCAUCUCUCGAGAAUCAGUGCGUAUCAAAGGCCAUCCUAGGAGUCCAAACAGUUAGGUACAAUAAUGCUAUUGAAAUGAUCCCCUGCAUAUCGAGCUGUACUGAGGAUACGGCGAACCAAUGUAGCAUGGUCGUUCCCUUCUUAGCGCAUAUUAUGGUUGAACAAACAAACAAGAUAUAUUUGUCUACGCAAAGAUUUAUGUCGAACACGACUGUACCCUGCGAAUGGAUGAAGCCUGUAGAUAAUCAAAGCGAGAGUCGUUUCUGCGCCGUGCCGUCGGGCAGCCCCGACCGUAGCUUCGCGAGCGAAUCAAAAGGUACCGCGAGUAUCCUCGAUUUAAUGUGGAGGGAGGUAUUGUUCUCUGGCGAUCGUAUGUCCGAGUUACGAACGUGGGAGUCUCUCGGGGCGCCGGAGCUCUCCGGGCAGUCGCUGUUCGUCACCGAUCUGCCGGAGACCGCGCUGCACCUAGCGAGGAUAAGACAAACAAGUAUUUUAUCACUGCUGCCAAAGAAGGCAAUGCAUUCCAUAUCCCUGAUGCGGGAGGUCUCGCCCGAGAGAUUUUUGUCGGACGUCAAAUUGCUCUUGUUCGGUAUAGAUUCAGAAUCCUUUAGAUACGACGCCCUGAUGGGAUUUGAAUUGGAUGAGAACAUCACUGUGCACGGCAUCGGCUUCGAGGCACUGAGGAUCACUUGCCAAGAGGCGGUUCGUUGGGGCAACAGUUUCAGGUCCCUGACGCAGCUCGUCGUGCCGGAUCCGCAAACGGGCAAAUUGCAGCAGAAUGGUCUCAUAUUCAAGGCAAUGUGCGCCAACGUUAAAGAGCUGCUCCUUUACUAUCGCUCGGCGUUGCAGAGGAUUCUCGACCGGCGCGAAUAUCACGGACUGCUCAGCCUGUUCAAACGGGUCCGUCCGUUGGCGCAGUUAAUCGUGGAAGUCGCGAGGCUGUGCGGCUGCCGCGCGAAUCAGUGCACCCUGGGCGGUGGCAGUGGGAUCUUGACGCACAUUUACAAGGAAGUGACCAAGGUCACGAAUCCGAAGGUCGCGUUGGUGCUCUACUCCACAUUGAAGUCUUGCUGUGAGGUCUACUUUCGAUUUUUGCAAAACUGGUUGUUCGAGGGAACGUGCGACGACGUUUACGGAGAAUUUAUGAUACAAGGACGGUCUCAUUAUCUGCGAAAGAAGGGGCGUAAAUUUUGGACGGAGAGUUUCGCGAUCGAUACAAAGUCGGUGCCCGGCUUCUUAUCCGAACUGUCGGAGUCGAUACUGCAAUGCGGGAAAACGUUGCGGCUCUUAAAAAUUUGCAGUCCAAAGAAUCCCGUGUGCAACGUGUCUCUCAAUGCUCAACCGGAAGUGAAGGUCUGCCUGAGUGUAUCUAUGCUGCGCGAGCAAUUGUCGAGGUGUCAGGAGUACGAGCGUAAAGGCGAGGCGGCGCUGGGACCAAUCGUAUCACUUCUAUCCGCGAUUCAGGAUGAAAAGAAAGCCGAUAGGGAAACGGCUGAGCUCGUCAUACGUGCGCAACAGGAAACGUUGUCGAGGCUGGAUGAGCAACGUAAAGAACUCAUCAUGAAGGCCGCGCAGAGUAAACGGGAGUUGCUGCAAGAAUUGAAGCAACAGGCGGAGGCGAGCGCCUUGAUUAAAGAAAGGGAAAAGGAGAACGAAAUGCUAGCUGAUAAAUUGUUGCUCGAAAAGAUUAAUCGAGAGCAGGAGGAAAUACGGGAGCAGCAACAGGCCGAGCGGGAAAAUCUCGUAAACUAUUAUGAGAAAUUAACUGCCGAUAUAGAGAGCAAGCGUGCACGAUCCAUCUGGCGAAAGAUGAGAAUGAGUCAUUUCGAAAGACGAGUGGAACUUCUGAAAUCCGUAAAGAGGCUCGAUAGAGAGAUAUCGGAAAAUGCCACCACACGAGGUCCCGAUGAAAAUAUCGUCGAUAUUAACGAACAAAAUAAAAAUGUCACGUCUGAGGUGUCCAGUCAAGACGAAAAUAGCAACUUCGCGGAAAACGGACUGCUGGAUGUGGUUGUGGACGCGAAUAUUUCCGAUCAGAGCAAUUCUAAAGAAGAUCAUUUGGCCGCCGAGUGCGCGGGCUCGGAUGCUUCGCCCGUCGAAGAUCGGGAGCUCGAUAAAGAUACUGAAUCGGACAAGGAAAUUACAAGCGAGGAUUCCGUCGCGACAGCGGACCCGCCGAACGUACAUCUGCCGCAAGAAUCUCUACCGUUAGAUUACAAAAUGUACAAGAGGAAUAACGAGAGGAGCAACCUGCAGGAUUUCCUGCGUGACGAGGCAAUGAAAAGCAUUCAUACUAUAAUGAAUGACGAUGAUAAGAAGAGCCGUUUAAACGACAUCUUGGAAACCGACGAGGUGACCGAGAGAAUUAUUGGUGCUAUUAAGAGGCCUAAGUCCUUAGCUAUCAAGAUAAAUAAUAUGACCACUGCACAAACCAACAGACUUAAAGUCUUGAUGCAAGAGUACGGUAUGACUCCGAAUAACAACGAGCUCAGUACGAUACUCACGGAUAAUCAAGGAAUUAUUGAUCGCGCAAAUACAAACGGCAAUAAGCAAGUAACCGAUGUCAGCGAAUCAAGUUCGGAUAGUACGAAGGAAAACAAUAAUGUUCUUUCAACAACCAAUAUCAAACUACCGGAGGAAACGGCGAAUGUGCCUACGAAUGACGGAGAGUGCCCAAGUAAGACUAACGACGCGAGCGACGAAGUACACGAGCAGAUAUUGAAUAAUACGCAGCAACAGAAUAACAUAGACACGCCGAUGUCGUGCACGACAGACAAUUUCACGACGGCGUCGAUGCACACUCCUUUGUCGCAGAUACCGAAUAGCGACGAUAUAUUCGCUUUAAACGCCGGUCAGGAAGUCUCGUCCUUAUCCGACGACGUGGCAAAGUCGAUCACGGAAGAAACGUGCUUCGAGUCUCCGAUGAGCAGUAAUUUCAAGCUGCCGAAUCUGUUCGGCGUUAGCUACGACGUGAAAUCGUCGGCCGCACCCUCGUCUCUGACCAUAGCCGACGUCGAGAUGAUCGACCACACGUCCCUGCAGGUGUACUUGGAAAAGUCCAUCAUUAUCCCACUGCAGAUACAAACCCGGCUGGUUAACAACGCGAUCAUUAAAUAUCUGGUGAACGAGCACAACAUGCUUUCGCAUUUGCACAGCUUGCGCAGUUACUUCUUUCUGUUGAACGGCGAAUUCGCCAAGAGUCUGACGGACUCGCUUUAUUCGCGGCUUUACGCGAUAUCCGCGCCGAUUGAGCUCUUCAAUUCCGCCACUCUCACGAAUCUCUUGGAGAAAGCGCUGAUGAACUCGUUCAGCAAUAAUUACGCCCAUUCGGAACUUUUGAGCCUUUCCGCGGUCGACAAACCGUGUCAGUUAUACAUUUCCGAUCCGAAUGUCUUAGAAUGCCUUUGCCUAAACUACAAGAUAUCAUGGCCGUUGAAUAUUAUUUUGGAUGACACGAUGAUGCUGCAAUACAGUAAAGUGUUCAAGUUUUUAAUAAUGAUCGGCAGAAUGUCGUGGGUACUGCAGGAAGACUUUAAUAUAAUGAAAGUGGAGCGUAGCGCAGUUAAUUCGGAGCAGUAUCACAAGCUGCAGUUGUACAGGCACUCCAUGACACAAUUCAUGAACGCUCUUCGCAACUACUUGACGUGUAGCGUGCUCCAUGCGAGUUGGAACGAGUUCGAAAGAGACCUGCAGAAUUCCCGGACAAUAGAUCAGAUCUAUCUCUCGCACAUGAGCUAUAUCAAAAGGAUACUAUCGAGGUGUAUGCUCAACACGCGCGGAGAAAAGAUGCGCGCCUGCUUGAUUAACGUCUUUAAAAUCAUACUGAAGUUUCACAAUCGCUUGAGGUCGCAAGCUUGGGCCGUCGGCAGCGCGGGUCAGUACGGCCAUCCGAAUUUCAAGAGCUUGGAGCAAAUGUACAAGUCGUUCUGCGACUGGCGGACUUACAUGGCACACAUCGCGCACAAACUGGCCACCAGCGGGUACCAGCCGCACCUAACGCAUUUUCUCAACGCUUUGAAUAUAAAUCACAUGUACGACUUGACGAUAAAGCAACAAUAGCACUGUGAUUAAAUUCCGCCGUGUUCUUCUUUCAUGAUCGAUGUUAUUGAAUGUAAAAGAAUGUCAGUGAUGUUUUCCGUAGGUACUCGGAUUCAUUAAAAGUAAUUUAAUUU